CUGCACCAUUAUGUAAGGAAGUGAACAUGUUGACAUUGUAAUGGACGGUGAAGGAGCGUUGAAAGAAAGCGGCUUGUUGAUGCUUACUGCAGGCCGGCUGGAUUCAUCACCCACAUGUGGGGGGACAGAUGCACAUGGACUUGAGGGCUCACAUCUGAGUCUUCUGGGGUUCAGUCUUCCUAGUGUUCAUGCGUCUGAUAGUACCUCCACACAGACCUUACCACAGCACCUACGUAAACCAGAGUUCCCUGACACAGGAUGGGAUCGUAUCAAAGAUCUUUUCCACAGGAGCGAGGGUCAGAUGUACUCAGAGGAGUUAAGGAAUAUAGUAAAGAGUGGCAUUGCUGCAGCUGUGGUUGGGAUGGUCUAUGGAGGCCUACCAGGAGCAAGACAUGCCCGUGAGAGAUUCAUCCAGCUCAGCCAGGCUGAAAUUUACCAAAACAGAGUGGAUGCAGUGCGCUCAGCCCAUAAUGCAGCUAUUCGUGGGUUUGUGCGCUUUGGCUGGAGGUGGAGCUGGAGGGUAGCAGCUUUUGUGACCAUGUUUAACACUGUAAGUACUGGAUUGACAGUGUACAGAGACCAAAAUGCUCUGAGCCAUUUUGCUGUUGCAGGUGCUCUCACAGGAGGAGUGUUCAGGCUGAAUCUGGGAUUUAGAGGGCUGCUGGCUGGUACGGCCAUAGGAGCUGUACUGGGGUGACUGCUGGAGUUGUAGUCAUU